ACUCUAAAUCAGCAUAUGCCAUUCUCGUUUAUAACUUGAUAUUAAACUUUUGUCAUUUCAUUUCGCCUCUCGCUCUUUCCCUCUCUGAAAAGAGCUUUCUUCUCUUCGUCUCUCUUCUCUUUCUUCUCUUCUCUAGUCGCCUCUCUUCUCUUAUCUUCAUCAAGAAGGACCAGAUCGGGUUGAUGUAUCAAUCCUCUUCUCUGGGUCAUGGGGUUUCGUUUGAAAGCUCAGUAUGGUGCCAUGGUGGUUGAAGUGUGAGUGCGACCUCUGCCACUGUAAGGAGGAUCAGAUCGAUUUAUUUUUCUGAGACUUUGGGUAUGAUUAAGCAUGAAGACUCGCGCUUGAUCAGGAUCUCAAUUGGGGAUAGGUUUACUGCUUUAGUCUAAAGUUGAUAGUAAUCUCAGGAACUAUCAAAAGCAAAGCAAAGCUGUCCCAAGCUCUUAACCAAUUCUCAGAUCUGAAAUUUUUUGGAAUUACUUUGUUCAGAAAGCAUUGAUGAUUGCUGGUUCAAGAGCUAAUAAUCUUUGAUCAUUCUUGAUCGUGAUCAACCAUUGUAAUCACAACAAUAGAUCAAGGGGAAAAUCCGAAAAUGGAAGCAAGUAUUCAAUUAGCUGCUCCAAAUGACAUAGAUAACGGGUGCACGUCAGCAUUAGAAACUUCGAUGAUGGAGAAGUUAGAUAAGUUGUUUGCUAUGUCUCCUUCGCGUUGCAUCUACCGGGUCCCUCAUCGACUACGAUCUGUAUGUGAAAAGGCCUACACACCUCAGGUAGUCUCUAUAGGCCCACUUCAUCAUGGAAAAGAGACCUUGAAAGCCAUGGAAGAACAGAAAUGGAGGUACCUACGAUGUUUUAUACGUCGCAACAAUUUAAGCCUUAAGGAUUGUAUAAAAAUAGUGAGGGACCAAGAAACAAGAUUGCGAAGUUGUUACUCGGAGGCCAUUGAGCUUCAAAGUGAUGAAUUGAUAAGUAUCAUUCUAGUGGAUGCUGUCUUCAUCAUUGAGUUCCUACUUAGGUACUCGUACCUUGAAUUGCGAAAUGAAAAUGACUGCAUAUUUGGAACUCCAAAGAUGAUAGAUGAUGUAUGGCCUGACUUGGUGAUGCUUGAAAAUCAGCUGCCCUUCUUCAUUCUUGAGCACCUAUUCGGUUUAAACACAUUUUUAGCCCCUUCUGAGGACACCGACACACUUGAUUUUGGGAGGCUUUCAAUAUUGCAUCUUUGUCACCAGUUUUUGAAUCAAGACGUAAGACGUAUCGGGGGAACGUUAGAUAAUUUGAAGGCUGUGUCCGAAGAAGAAGUGCAACAUCUUGUUGAUUUCUUUAGAAAGCUUUAUAUAGCACCCCUAUUUAAACCACAAUCUGCAGGACAACCCAAACAAGUAACAGCACCUAGCAUCGAAGAGCUACACCGGGCAGGGGUCAAGUUUAAAUUCAGAUCCACCAAAAACUUGUUUGACAUAAGAUUCAAAGAUGGGAUUCUGGAAAUUCCAAAAUUAGAGAUAUCGGAUUCAACGGAGCUUAUACUUAGAAAUUUAAUUGCCUUUGAACAAUGCAUUUGGAAAGGUAAUUACAUUAGUGAUUAUGUUGGCAUCAUGGAUCAAUUUGUGAACACCCCAAAAGAUGUGGAGUUGCUUGUUCAUUACGGAAUUGUUGAACAUAUGCUAGGAGGUGGCAACGAUGAAUUGUGUACCAUGAUUAACAGCCUUACAACUGAGGUUAAGAUUUACCCAACGAAGUUCUAUUAUGGUACUGUUUGUGAAGAUUUGAACAAGUUUUGCAGUUUGCUGUGGCACAAAAGAAUGGCAAAUUUGAGACACAAUUAUUUCAACACACCUUGGAAAACUAUUUCUUUCAUUGCAGCAGUUUUUCUACUCAUAUUCACUGCUGUUCAAACGAUCUGCUCAAUUAUUUCUCUGAAGCCUUAACCAUAGAAAUGCACCUCCUUUGUUGCAUCAUGUGCUCAUCCUUUUCCAUUACUUCAGAGGUAAUACAGAAGUCUUGCUUCUCUCGUUUAUGUACUCUUUUUGCAUGACGAGGCUCGUCAGCUUCACUUGAAGUGAAUGGAAGUGUGCGUGGGCAGACUGAUAUCAAGUAUUGUUGAGUGAUUGAAUUAGUCUUCUUCAUGUGUUGUAAUGAGAUUCGUAUUGUCUUGUUUCUUUUACGUGUGUAACGAGAUUCGUAUGUACGUCUUGUUGAAGUUAUUGAUAAGUAACAUAAUUUGUUGUUACUAA